UACUUCCUUCUAUCAGUAUUCAUUCAUUCAUUCAUUCAGACAGAGUGAUCUCCAUCGCCAUCUCUUCCGAUGAUGGAUGCGAGCUUUUGUGCCCGCUCGCAGACACUAUCUUUAGUCUACGUCAAUUCACUUCUCCCUUCUCAUUCGUCCUUCUCUCCUGUAUCUUGCCUUCGAUCCCUCGAUUUUCCAGUCAAUGCCCGCAUCUUCAAACCGCCAGACUUUCGCUAUCGACGAAAAUGCAGAAACUUAUUGUUUCGAUUUCACUCACCUCGAUUCAUGAUCAAAGCUUCCCUACAUUCGCAAUCGCAUCUCAUCUUAGCCACAAUCACCAUUUCGGCCUUUGCUGUUGUCAUGUUCGUUCGGUGCCAAUCAAAGAAGAUUAACAUAUCAGAGGUGGCACGUGACAUGUUUAUCAUGACUUUCGAAAACCUAAGGGUUAUGAUCAAUCAAAUUAUUGGGAAGAAGGGUUCUGGGUCUCUCGAUCUGGAAAGAGAUAUGCAAUGUACUGGAGAGAAAUAUGCAAUGAAAGAAAUUGAAGGUACAAAGGAAAUUGGAGAUGCAAUAACAACAGAAGCGAAGGGAAAUGAACAUGCUUAUUAUGAAGAUGAAGCAAUGCGGACGCAACCAAAAGGAACUGAUUGUGCGCGGGAAGAAGAAGAAUCUAUUAAAAAUGUUUCAGAGUUUCCUGCAACAGACAAUUAUUCUGUGUUGAGACAGUCAGAGGUUACCGAAUUACUACAACCACUUGCUUUCGAUGGUGUACCAAACUCAUCCCAGUUGCCUGUGGAAGCAGAUGAAACCACGCCCACUACUUUAUCUGUUCCCAUCGGUAAUGCGAAAGCUAUUCAUGAAAUUGGUAAAGUGGAUGAGAUUAUGGGUAACAAUUGUUUGUCAAGAGAAUCUUGUCGCGAAGGACUUUAUACAUUUUUUGAGGUAGAGCAGUUGGGGGGAAAAGAUGCAUUAGGGAUGAACACUUUAGAGAAGUUAUCCCCUCAAAGUUCGGUUAAAAACAGCAGUAGUUUCUCUUCCCCGGGGAGGAAAUCUACAAAUGAUGGAAGGACAAAAACAAUAGACGUGCUCAAAUCUAAAAGAAAAGACGAAAAUCUUUUUGGAAAUCUGAAUCUAAUGGAAAACAGAGAAUUCUUAAAUGACAAUGAAGGAGCAAAUCAAUAUAGGGAUGACCAGAAACUUACUGAACUUCCCUCUUGUCCAAAUGGAAUACCUGUCACCCAUGUCAAUACCAAACAUUACAUUUCACAGCAAAUCAGUUCCUACAAGCAGUUGCUAAAAAAUGGAAGGUUAUCGGAAUGCAUAGAAUUGUUAGAAGAUUUGGAAAGAAAGGGUCUGUUAAAUAUGGAGAAGAUUCAUCACGCGGAGUUUUUUAGGAAGUGCAAAAUUGAAAAGGCUGUUAAAGAAGCAUUUCAUUUCACCAGGUUAAUCCCAAGCCCAACAUUGAGUACAUUCAACAUGCUAAUGAAUGUCUGCGCAUGUUCUCAGAAUUCAACAGGAGCUUUUGAAGUUCUACACUUUGUUCAAGUGGCUGGGCUGAAACCCGAUUGUAAGCUUUAUACUACACUCAUAUCAGCUUGUGCAAGAAGUGGAAAAGUUGAUGAAAUGUUCAAGGUUUUCCAUGAAAUGGUUAAUGCUGGGGUGGAACCUAAUGUUCAUACAUAUGGUGCACUUAUUGAUGGCUGCGCUAAGGCUGGGCAAGUUGCUAAGGCAUUUGGUGCGUAUGGCAUACUGAGGUCUAAGAAUGUUGAGCCAGAUCGGGUUGUUUUUAAUGCUCUUAUCACAGCAUGUGGUCAAUCAGGUGCAGUUCAUCGUGCCUUCGAUGUCUUAGCAGAUAUGAAGGCUGAGACACAUCCAAUAGACCCUGAUCAUGUUACUGUUGGUGCUUUAAUAAAAGCAUGCAUGGAUUCUGGACAGUUACAUCGUGUGCGGGAAGUGUACAAUAUGAUUCAUGAAUAUAACAUCAAGGGUACUCCAGAAGUUUACACUAUAGCUGUUCAUAGUUGCAGCCUUACUGGCGAUUGUGAAUUUGCUUGUAGCGUGUAUAAUGACAUGAAAAUAAAUGGCAUAGUUCCCGACGAGAUGUUCCUUAGUGCAUUGGUUGAUGUUAUGGGGCAUGCUAAUAAUCUGGAUGCGGCUUUUGAAAUCUUAGAAGAAGCUAGGAAACAAGGAAUUCACAUGGGAAUAAUUUUAUAUAGCUCCUUAAUGGGAGCCUGUAGCAAUGCCAAAAACUGCCAGAAGGCACUGGAGCUGUACAAGGAUAUCAAAUCCAUGGGACUUAAACUAACAGUUUCAACAAUGAAUGCCUUGAUUACUGCCUUGUGUGAUGGGGACCAAGUGCAGAAAGCUUUAGAAGUUCUGUUCGAAAUUAAGAAGACUGGAUUGUCUCCGAACAUCAUCACAUAUUCUGUUCUACUGGCAGCUUGUGAAAAGGAGGACAAUCUCGAAGCUGGCCUCAUGCUCUUUUCUCAAGCAAAAAAUGACGGCGUUACUCCUAGCCUUGUUAUGUCAAGGUGUCUAAUAGCCAUGUGCUUGAGAAGAUUUAAGAAGGCUGGUGCACUUGGUGAAUCUGUCAUGUCUUUCAACUUGGGACGGCCACAAGUUGAUAGUAGGUGGACAUCGAUAGCCUUGUUGGUUUAUAGGGAAACAAUAACGGCUGGAAUUUCGCCUGAUAUGGAACUGUUCUCACAAGUCUUGGGUUGCUUGAAACUUCCAACUGGCGGUGGCUUGAGAGAUAAACUGAUUGAAAAUCUGCAGGUAAGUGGUGGUUCAUCAAGAAGAUCAAACCUUUGUUCAUUGGUUGAUGGAUUUGGAGAGUAUGAUCCACGGGCUCUCUCAUUAUUUGAGGAAGCUGUUUCUCUUGGAAUUAUCCCAUGCGUGUCAGUAAAAGAAAGUCCCAUUAUUAAAAUUGAUGCCAGAGAAUUACAUAUUCAUACUACUGAGGUAUACAUUUUGACAAUUCUGAAGAGUCUCAAACAUCGGCUUGCUGCUGGUGCAAAGUUACCAAACAUAAGCAUUUUAUUGCCUGUUGAGAAGACACGAAUACUUUCGCCCACUGGGGAGAAAGAAAUUAGACUGGCAGGAAGAAUAAGCCAAUCUGUAGCAGCAUCAAUGAGAAGACUAGGCCUAACUUACAUAGGAAGUGAAUCAAAUGGAAAAGUAAGAAUCAAUGGGGUAGUAGUUAAGAAGUGGUUGCGGCCAAAACUUGAUUCUCCUUUUAACUUGAAACAACAAAUGGAGCUGGGAUCGACCCAAUCACGAAUACUAGGCAAAGGAAUAAGUCAUCAGCAGCGUAGCAUUAGAACGGGUGAUCUGUCCUUUAACUAAUAUCAAAUGAUUAAGCUCAUCAUCAAGGUACUAAUUAAAUUCAACCUAUUGAUUUAUGUAACUAGUAUCCCAAUGGAAAGAAAAAAUCAAUUUGGAAUCAUAGAUUGGAUCAUGCAGUAAGUUUUUGUUUUGUUUUCUGAUCUUGGUUUUACAAGUUGUGUACAAGAAAGCAAGAUAGAAUGAUCAAAGAAAGUUGUACAA